GUCCCAAUUUGAGGAAUACGGCUGGCAUUAAAGGAGUUAAGACCUGUGUUUCGCUGCUGCCAUUUAGGUGCACUUGGAUUUAUUUUGUCUUUCUCUCUCCGCCCCCCCAACCUGAAAUGUUUUCUUCAGGUUGCUGAUCUCAGCGGUAAAGACGCGGUGCACAUCAUCUGCAGUUUAGAGAAUGAGGAAACAAACGAACUGCUGUUAGCCCUCUGUCAGGUGUUCCUCUCCCAACAACUCUGCAGGGGUGACAUGUACUAUUUAUGGGAGCUUGUUUUUAUCUGGAGCAAACUUCAUCAUCGGCUGAAUACUUCCAAAGAGGCGUUUCUUGAGGAAAGCCGUCGCCUCAUGCUGUCUGCCACCAACGUCAACGCAGUCUUCCCGUUUGUCCGAGUUGUCAUCGAAGAGUUGGGUGAAGACGGAAUCCAGUUCUGCGUGGAGCUUUGCGCGGACGCCUUGAAAUCUCGUCUCCCUUGCGACGCCAUCACCAAGUCGCUGAUCUAUAAAACCAUCGCGGGCCUGCUGCCCAACGAUCUCGAAGUGUGUCGGGCGUGCGCGCUCCUGGUCUUCUUCUCGGAACGCAGCGUGGGAGCCUACAAGAUGGUGUCUUUGCUGUAUAUGCUUCCAGACCAGGACUACCACGUUGAGCACAGCCCCAUCAGAAAUCAAAUUCGAUUUGAAACGCUGCAGAUCUUGAAGAAGGACCUUUACUUUGACCCGGAGUUUUGGAACCUCAUUGCUUUGCGGACCAGUUGUUUGGAACUGAUGAGUGAGAAAGUGGUUGACGACGAACUGAUGGAGGAAACCUGGCUCCCCAACUACUGUACCAAAGAGUUUUCAUUUGUGUGUAGCACACCAACAGGAAGUAGUGAUCACGGAACGGCAAAAAAGCCCGAUCAAAAUGAGGGCGGGCAUCAAGAAAUUAGCUGCGGGGAGCCGCCCAAAAAACUCAAGUUAGGCCAAGGCAAAGCGGGACUGAAUAAUGACAGCAGCAGCGCUGUGAAAAAAAAGGCUGACCACAGGUCACGCUAUGCCAAGGGAGCGUCAUCGCAACCUUUGAGGCGUUCGUUUUGGCAGCUUGACAGGAUACACGACGUGGGGUCCGGGCAGCUCAGACGAGCUACCCGACUGUCUGAAAAAAAUCCUCCAAAACGAAGGAUUCAAAAGCCCAAAUGGCUACUGGAAGAUUCCGGCAAUGCGCAAGAGCCGAAGCUUCGGAAACACGGUUUGAGACAUCGAAGGGUCCAUCGCUCGUCUGCCCUCAAGAGGUGUGAAAACGGCCAACCCAAAAACAGCGCGCACCCCAAGGUGUCGGAAAACGCCUGCGCCAAGCACGAGAGGGGACUCCCGCCGGACUCUGUCGAAGCAGCUCCCGCUCCGCAAAUCGUUUUGGAGCUGUCGCUCCCGGACAACGAGCUGAUGGGAACCUUCGCCGAAGAUUGCAACCGAGCCAAGGGCUGUCCGCCGCUGCUUUUUUACAAGCCGACGCUCAAGCUUCCCGACCCCUCCCAUCCCGCGAAGGCGCCGCACGGGAAAGAGGUCAUCCUUCGGGCGAGAGACGCAACGAUGCUCGUGCAGCUCUUGCACUGUUACGCUCGCAGGCCCAAAGGAAAGGGGAGCGGCUCCAAGAGUCACGGCUCCGUGUCAACCAUCACGCGCUCUUCUGCGCACGGGAGUCCUCCCAAAGAACCGCGGAGAGGGCUCUGCGAGAAAACCCACGCGGACACACGGGUUGGCUGGAGCUGGGAGGAUGCGCUGGCAACCGAGCGUCCGGAAGCACCGAGCCCACUUUUGGCGUCUUCAGAAAAAGAGCACUUCGAAAAAGUUGAAAGGGGGCUUUCGUCUGUGUCGAACGGAACAGAAACUCGUAUUUCAGCUCAAACCGCUCACUCUCCAAACGCAGACGAAGCCCAUACCGCGGUUGAAGCCCGAGAACUUAAUGAUGGGAUGGCGGUGACUUUGGCUUCGCAAAGUCCGGCAGCGGCGAACGUCACGCCGCAGCCAAGCGCGGCUUCCACUGAGGCGACUCAGACCUUUGAUACAAUAAGCAGAGAAAUAGAAGACGGCGACGACGCCUCGCCGCCGUCCGGUACGCCGACGAGUCAAAGCCCCGACUCGCCGCGUCACAGGCCUCUCCAAGAUGGGCGAGCCCCCGUGAACAUAGACGAAGAACAAAAUCCCAAAGCGCUUGGCUCUCGUUGUGAAAUUGACAAAACGUCUUUUGACGAGGCCAACGAGGACAUGCAGGAUGCCCACCGUCAACAUUCUCAACACACGGAUGACCUUUCAGCCUUAGUAACAGAAAUGCUCACCCGGUUCCCUCCCGUCGAACUUCCUCGAGACGCGGCGACUUGCAAACGAGCGCCAGACGCCGAGUCCGAGGAAUCCGCGCUUCCGAACGAAAGCGGCGUCGCAAAUACCUCCGGCCGCACGGUGCCGCGACCCUCAACCGCUGCUCACGUGCAAGGAAAUGAUCGGGAAAGGUCAGCCGACGACGACGACGGCGAAGACUUUGAGGACGAUGAAACGAUAGAAACGGAGGAAUCCAAAUUGGAGUACCGCUGUACUUUUUGUCAGAAAGAUUUUAAGGGCAGACGCGUCGUCGUGCACGCCAUGUUCCAUUUCCGGAAGGACGAGUGCAUGUUUUGCGGCACCGCCUUCAAAGACGACCUGCUGGCCAUGAUGCACCUGUCUGAUCACAUUGAGAAGCUCAAAAGAAGCAAGGAGGCGGCCAGUAACAAAGCUCAAGCCGGCGCCGCGCCGGAGACCAAAGAUCUCUCCCAACCCACGACCUCCGCCAAAGCGGACGUUCCCCACAGGCCGUCCGGCCAUCACGUUAGUAAGAAGCCGAGGAAGUCCGCGAGCUGCGAUCAUCCCGCUGGCCACCCGGAAGCACGCUUGCUAUCGGAAACGAGAAAUUUGCGAUCAAACGACAAGGCGGCGGAUAGUCGGUUGGCCUCAAAAAGCAAGCAAACCGAGCCCGUCGAUGGCAAAUCUCCCGAAUGCAAGCUAAAUGGACUGCUUGGCAAAAAGACCCCAUUUGACGCCAAAGCUGAAGACCACCGGACACCUCGGGGGAAUCACGUGACGCCCAAAUCUCGGGAGUCCUGCGCACCGCCCAUCCCGAGGAGGAAAUGCCUCGAAAGUUUUCAGGACGAUGUAAUUCGGGACGGGAAGGUUAGUCGGGACAAAAGGGCGGAGCCUCCAGCCAAAGUCGACUGUCCGGCCGACGGCUGCGCCUGGUCGACGGACCUUUCGAAAAACCGCGUCGCCCUCCUCUACCACGCUCUGGAGUCUCACCACGGCGACGUCAGGCCUUUGGAACUGUCGUUAAAAGUGGCAAACAACAAAUGCAGUAUUUGCAUGAGGGUGUUGUGGAGUUUGGAACAUUUUCAGCAUCACGUGGAACGACAUCGGCUCAGUCCUCGCCAUCCCUGCCUUCAUCUGGGUUGCGCUGCCAGAUUCAAGACCGCGAACGAAAUGAGACGGCACGCCAGGAAACACAGCCCGCUGCAGGCGGCGUGCUGCUUACCCGGCUGUCCCAAACUCUUCAUUUGCCUCUGGGCGCUCAAUCUCCAUGAAAGAGAGCACUACGCUUCCAAAACCGGCAAGCCAGCCAGAACCGCCGACCCGCAGACGGACAACAAAGCCAACUGCGUGCGGCUACGGGCCGUAACCUCCGCUACCAAAGGGACCUGUCGUAAAUCCAGGGGGCGUCCAUCGCGUGACGCGGCAGCGAGAAUCGUCCGCGGGCCUCCCCCCGGUGUAAAAACGUCUGCGGUGAAAGAGGAGCUGAAAACGAGAAACGAGUCCAAGCACUCCAACGUUCUAAAGAAUCUCUCCAACAAGGACACCGCCACGCAGAGCAGCAAUCGCACUUUGAAGCUGAGGCUAAGAAAAGCUCCGACGUCGCAGAGUAACCCGGGGCCUCCCAAAAAUCCGCUUUCGCCCAUCUUCAGACGCAGGAGCAAAUUGCGGCAUAAAUUUAAGCAAAAGCCGGCCACCGUCAACCAAGCCCAAAUGUUCCCGAGAAGAAGAGGCCGUCCGCGAAAGUCCAAAAAAGCAACGCACGACGAAAACACCACCAAGGACCCAAACGGUCAAAGUCUAAAGAGCGAGUCCCCAGACUGUGCACAGACAGCGGCGUCGCCAACGGCUGGUAACAAAUUAGAAAUGAAAGAAGAGCACCAGCAAGAGGAUGAUCCUGGCGAGGCGACUGAAAUGCUCCACCAGAAUUCCAAGUCCGAAACAACUUUCAGCGGGAGCACCGGGAGCGGCCACGUCGAACCAAAGGUGUCCUCGGACAGAGGCCCCCCCCUGACCGCGGCGUCUCGGAAUUCGGUCGUCCGCGCGCUUAAACUGAGGGUUCUUAAUUUGAGGAAGCGACGCGCUUCCAAAGACACGGAGUCUUUCGAAGCCGGCCGGGCAAAGAAGGAACGGCUUACUCGAAGAAAAAGUCCCCGCAGAGGCUCGGGGUGGCCCGCGUCUGCGAGGGAGCCCGCAAAGUCCACGUCGGUCGAUGUCGCCCGGAGGCCUGGCGCCGAAAAGCCAGCAAGAAGUUGUUCCCCCUCCGGUGGCCCCGCUGAGCAACUUCCCGCCCCCGAUACGGUGAACGUGAACAAUGCUCUCCCGAAAAAGAAGAAAUCGGAGAAAACGCUUCAGAGGACGUCAGAGGACCAACGUGCAAAUGUGACAAGCGACGGCUCCGCUUCUACCGCGUCCAAUUUGAACAGAAAGUCCAAGAAAGACGCUUGGGGAAAAACCUUCCGAUGUGACGAGCGGCGCUUCCAGUUCCGAAACGUCCAAUUGGAAGAGAAAGUUUGAGGAAGAACCUUCAGACCCGCCGAGUCAUGGCUCCACAGACAACUUCAAGAGAAAGUCAAAGGAAGAGCCGUCGGAUGCGACCC